CGUAGCAAUUUCGGUAAUGGCGUCUAUGGUUGAGGUGCGCUUGGCUUUGGAAAAAUGAAGCGUAGAAGAACUUAUUUCUGUUAUUGAAAACGCGGGGUUUCCAUUUGUAAACUUUGCGUUUAAAGCUGUGUCAUUUGGAGGUUCGAGCUCUGAUACUACUUCCUAACGUAUCGAGAUGAUGAAGAUGAAGUCUAACCAAACUCGUACAUAUGAUGGAGAUGGUUACAAGAAAAGGGCCGCUUGCCUGUGCUUCAAGAGCGAGACUGAGGAAGAGGUGUUGUUGGUGAGCAGCAGUCGAUAUCCAGACAAGUGGAUCGUUCCAGGAGGUGGAAUGGAGCCUGAGGAAGAGCCUAAUGUUGCUGCUGUCCGAGAAGUUUGUGAAGAGGCUGGUGUCAAGGGCACUUUAGGAAGACUAGUAGGAAUAUUUGAGAACAGAGAUAGGAAACACAGGACAUACGUGUAUGUUCUCAUUGUAAAAGAAGUACUGGAAGACUGGGAGGACUCUGUAAACAUUGGGAGAAAAAGGGAAUGGUUUAAAAUAGACGAUGCCAUACAAGUGCUGCAGUGUCACAAGCCAGUUCAGGCCACCUACUUCGAGGCCCUACAGGAGGGCUGCUUGACAAGUAAUGGGACGCCCCUUGUGGCCACGAUAGGCGAAGACCUUUCACCCACCUACAACAUUAAUCAGAGCUCUGUCUCUGAUAUCAGAUAACUAAUACACAACACUGACACUCCGGAUGCUUCCGCCACCACUCUCGCUCUUAUUCUUUCAGUAUUCUUUUUCCUCUCUCUUUUUCUCUCCUUCUCCUUUUCUCUCGAAAAAAAAUGGUUUGCCUUGCCAACCCUUUUUGAGUGCCAGAGAAGUGGCACAAACUUGGAAAAAGUGUUGGGUAAAUAUUCAUGUUUUGUAAAUGUAAUGUUUGUCUCUCUACUCUGAUCCACCCCACCCCCCCCGGCCCUUACCAUUACGAAUGGACAGUUGCAUGAAAUAGCCCCUCCCUCUACUUUGUCAUUUUCUCUUUAGUGCCCUGUAUGUGGCCCAAGUGUGAGUUUAAAUGAAUGCAAGAACUACUUUUUAUUGUUGUGAUGUAAAUACACAUAGCCUAGUGCUUAAGCUUGAGGCUUUCAAUAUUUUUAUGCAUUCAUUUUCCUGUAUGAGUGAGCAUGUUUUACUGUGAGUGAAAGGGAGAGAAAGGGAGAGAGAUAGAACAUAUGUAUGUAUUUUGUUAUUGGAACUGCCCCCAGUGUGAGAAAAUGUUUAGCUGCCUGAACGGAGGGAACCGUGAGAAGUCAGUUGUUUUGCAUGAGCACUGAUAUUUAUUUGUCUUACGAGUUUGGGUGAUCUGAUGAAUGUUCAAACUGUAUUUGGUGUCAGUAGGUCUUCUGAGUAAUCUUCUUUCUCCUCUUUUACCCCCUCUUGCCAUUCUGUAAAUAUCUUAUGCUCUGAAGAAAUGCAGAGGGCUUAAUUAUGCUUGCUCCCUGACUACAGUGUGGAGCCCAGAUCUGGGAAUGGGCUGACUUUAAAAAUAUGAUUUCACCCAAAAAUGCUAAUGAGGCUCAGUAAGCAGGGACAGUCUGCAGUUGCUAUAAGCAUUGUAGAUGGAUUUCAUGCCCCAACUCAUGUACAUUCAUUAGCUGAGCUUGUUUUUUGGCUGGAGUACCCCUUUAUGUCAGUUUAACAUUGGAACUCUACCCAAGUCUUAGUCCAAAGGCUGAAGGAAUGUGCUUUGUGUAACCAGCAGUGAGUCCUAUAGGGUUCAUUAAAUAUGAACAGGUCCAUUAAUUUCAAUAUUCCGAUGUUGAAAGUGUUAGAGAGAAAUGGUUGUGUAAAGUUUAAUAGUAAGACAUUUACAAUGGUCAACAGUUAUUAAUUACAAUCCCCAACAUUUUCAGUGACGACCACUAAAACCAGCAUCAUUGGAAUUAUGUUCAGCUUUGACAGAGGUGGCGCUAACUAGAUAGUUUGAUAGGCUAAUAGACCUUCCUUCUUGUCUCAUGGGCAAAAUUGAUCCCUUUUGUCGUGUCUUUUCAGUCCAGGGCAAAGGUAAAGUGGACACUGAAUAUGGGCCCAUCAUAACUUGGUAGGGCAGUGAUAUAUAAUUCAUAUAACAUUUUCUGCAUAUCCAAGACAAUAGCCCAAGAUGUUGUACAUUAAAGCACACUGAGUAGUGUGCUCAAAUGCAACAGUUCCUUUGAAUGUUCCAACAGAAAACCCACACGCCUUAGUCCUCCCACCAACUCUUUUAAGCUUGUAAAAAGGCUCAUGUCAGCUGCAUGAAGGCACAAGUAGUUAAUGCUGCCUCUUGUCCAUUGUGGUUUUCACUGGAAGUUAUUACACUUCCAAUAUGGGAAAGAAAGGUGCUACAUAGCCCUGAUUCUGCCUGUUUAUUAUCUUUGCUGUAGUCCCUUUUCUUCAUCUCUUAAAGUGUUGUAUGUACAUCUUGAUUCAAGUACUCCAUGCCUGCGAUCAAGAACCAGAUGCAGAGCUAAUCAAGGCCUGCAUGGAUGAGACCUUGUUGGAAUGUGUGAAAAAAAAAAAUGUUUGACCUGUAAAUUCUUCCCCCUCUUUUCCUCUUUAAUUGCCUAGUAACUUGUCUCAGCCAGGCUGACCUGUCCUUCUGAGGGCAAGCAGCAGCUGGCACAGUACUGUGAAUCUGGAGCCACUGUAGUUAGCCAGCCUUUCUUCCGUUUCUGAAUAGAUCAAACACAAACAUACAAAGUACAGUUCAUGUGGCUUGGGUAUGAUACUCCAUUAUGAGUUUAUUGGCAAUGAAACUGUUAAGGCCCCAAGGAUGUUUGGAACCUGUCCUUAUUGGGUAUUUAUUGGGUUUUGAUUUGGCAGCUGAAGUGAUGCCACAGUUCAUUUGUUUAUUUUAAAUGGUUUCUGCAUGUUAAUUUCUUCAAAGUGAAAAUUGUUUUUGAUUUGUUUUUCCACCUCACAUGAGAUCUGUUUUAUGUAAACAACUUAUAUAGUUGUUAUUAAGUUUGCCAAUGCAAAAGAUCCCGAUUAGGACUUUUAAGGGUUUGGUUGUUAUUCUUGAGGAAGCAAAGACAUCAUUUGGAUAUUCAGGCAUAAUCUGUUUAUGCCGAGUGUAGUGUAGGCCACAAUUUCAGUUCAAUAUUUUUAAUUACACAAAUGUUAAUAAUAGAUUGUAAUUACAGUUUUUGUUUACAUGGCUAGCCUAUUCUGUCUAUCGAUCAAACACUAAAGUCACAACUUUAGUCAUGUUGCUGGGUUGAUGAACAUUUCCUUUCUUGCCACAAAUGUAAUUGUUCCCAUAUUACCUGAUGGGACAUACAGAAAUGUUUUUUGGGGAAAAGUCACAUUUUCACACAUUUUUCACCCAGUUCAAAUAUAGUUAAUUAGCCAAGAUAUAUAUUUAAGUGCAAAUUUUGCUCAAUAGUUGCACUGUAGCUACAAUGCUAAUGUAGCAAGAAGUAAUGGCUAAUAUUCAGUCAUAAGCCUCCAUUAUGUGUUAGCAAUUGCUUUUUAGCUUCAGUGCAGUUUAAUAAAAAUUAAAUUAAAUAAAAAUUGGUGCCAUUAUUUCACUGCUUAUAAAAGUAAAUAGAAAAUUUGUCCAUAACAAACCUUUUUAACAUUUUUUGUCUUUAUUGCAGCAGUUUUGAUGGGCUGUCUUGUGAACUGCCUGUAGCACAAUACAUAUGUGUAAAACUUUGUAUGAUCAAGAAUUUAGACUAAUCAAAAUAUUCUGUGCAUGGAUUAGCUGGGCCUGCUUGUGGAUAUCACACACAACACUGUAGUCCUGUCAGAUAAUCCAGAUUUCACUGAGGAGUGCUGUUUGCAAGAUUUGUUUUUCCAAAAUGCUAAAUGGAAUAUUGAUUCUGAAUUGUAUUUUGCCUGCAUUACACCUAUAGAUUUCACGAUGCUGAUUCACCUCUAUUGCACCUUAAGAUUAGCUCAGCAUAACGCAUUAGACCCUGGGAAAACAAUAGCCUAUCUUUCCACAUGUCCUGAGUUGAUCAUUUAAUCAAUUUGCUGAUUUUGGAAUGUGGCCUAUAGAAAUCAACCUUCAAGAAUGAAAAAUGAAAAAGAUGCAACACAUCCAGCCCCUAAGCUGUGACCAUUUUCAGUUGAACUCUCAUACCCUUCACUGGAACCUUUACUUUGUGAUUUGGGGAUUGUGGAAUAUUACCAGUAUGAGAAUGUAAUAUAAAUGUGCCAACAAAUAAACAUCAGUAUUUCACAUCA